UUCUUCCAUUCCGACAUCUUUAGACGUUUUCCUCAUCAUUUCGCUCUUUCUUUGGUUCAGAAAUCUCUAGGAUUUCUCUUCCGGAGUCUCUUCCCGGGUCCCGCUGAGGGGGAGAGAGACUCUUGAUGACCUCGUGGGGAUCGUCCUCCAGUCUUUUAAUUGCUCAUCUUGGGGUUUCCUUUUCCGAUCUCGGAACACCAGAAUAAGGUUUCUGGCUUAUUGGAUUACUAUCGUGGAGUUCGUCCUUUCGCUCCUAGGGAAUUCAGUUCUUUCCGGGGGUUUCUUUCCUUCGUUUUCUUGGUUUCGGAUUUCGAGUGCCUCCGUGAACGUAGUUCUAGUGCCAUCUUUUCUAAAAAAUCUUUAAAUAUGAAGGAGAUGGGUCUCUCUCUAGAAUUGGAGAAUUACAUUCAGAACUCGAUCGAGAACGCGGUCGGGCUUCCAGUAUCUGAGAACACACUGCAGUCGAAGCUCUUUGCGAUGGAAGAGUCGAGAAGGGUGCUUCAGGGUCAGAUUUUUUCGUUGCAGGAUCUAGUAAACGAUCAAAAUGAGAAGAUUGAGAGAGCUAAGUUUGAAGCUGCCAUGAAUGCACAAGCAUUGAGAAAAUCAAUCGAGCAAAAUCAGCAGUUGAAUGCGGAGAUCAAUGACUUAACAGCGCAGAUUGAAAGGCUGAACAAGGAAUGUUCACUCUAUGACAAAGACAGAGAGGCACUCAUGGAAUUUGGUAAUGAUGCUGAUGAGCGAGCAAGAGAAGCAGAGAUUCGAGCUCUGGAGGCAGAGGAUGCAUUCAGGAGAUUAUCAGAAGAACUAAACCAAUCAAAGCGGGAAAUUGAAAUACUCACUGUCCAGAGAACUAGGCUAACUGAUGAGCUGACGUUACUACAGCACAAGAUUUUUGGACUUGGAAAAGAAAGGGAAGACGGAAAUCUCAUUUGCAGUCAAUGUGCACGGUUAAAGGAUGAUGGACAUUCAAGUGACAUAAGUCCGAAUGAGGAUCUGCUCACUUCUUUGGUUGAGUCAACUCUUGGCAAAGGAUAUCGGUCCCAACAAGAACUGGAAGAAGCUGUGGAAAAAGGGCUCAGCUUUUUGGAGGCACAUGCAGGAGAAGAGCCACACUGGAGGUUGAUCCAAAUCUGGGAAAAGCUAAGACCAUCAAUUAGAUGCAUACUAGCAUUGGCUGCAGAAGUUGAAUCCCUUCGUGAAGACAAAGAGCACCUAAGAAUUAACCUUCACAGAGCAGAAGGAGAGGUGUCGGUGUUAUUUGAAGAGAAUAAGCUUCUAGAUGAGGAAAACAAGAGGUUAUUAAGGCGAUGCUACAGGGAAAGAAACCAACAGGGUUCUCCAUCCAGCCAUUCCUCUAAAAGCAAGAGGAAAGCCAGCCCAAGAAUGAACAAUGCUGCUGAAAGAGCUGCAGACGCUGAAGGACCUGAUUCACCUAGAUGGCCUCUUUCACCAUUGGAAUCUAACGGUGUUCAUUUGUCCAGGAAUUGUAACUACAAGUAGGCCAGUUCACUGUCUUCAUACUCUGUUCUACUGACUUGAGAAUGUGUUACUGCAUGUUGUAACCCUCAAAACCAAACUCAGCAGAGUCUUCAAUGGAGAUUAAUUUUUUUCUC